AUGAAGCUAUCUUACACUGCUCUUGUUGCUUUACUCUUGACCACCGCGCUCAGUUCGCCUACGGGCCACGGAGACAGUGACAAGGGCAAAGAUAUAGCUGUCACUUUAGAUGCUGUUGCUAGAAUAGAGGAUGCAGAGCUUGACCUUGGUGCUCUGCAGAAUGUGCACGGCAAAAACUUCGAGGCUGGCGCUGACACUCGUCUAGACAUAGGCCUCGAAGGUAGGAGCGUCGGUUUCGAUGCCACGGAGGAGAUCGAUAAACGAGGCACGAAGUUUAUCAUAAGCACCGUCGGCACCUCUCUGCGAAGUGAAAUGUUAAAAUACCACAACGCUUGGAGAGCCCAUCAUGGUGCCCCAGCAUUGAAGUGGAACACAACUCUCGCAAUGGCCGCCCUCAAGUCGGCCCGAAAAUGUGUUUUUGCUCAUACAAAGAAUAACGAAUACGGAGAGAACAUAGCUGCUGGAACAUAUACUAGCCCGUCAUACUAUGCUUCUUUACCUGGAUUCUCGAGCGAAACGGGCCAUUUCACGGCCGUUGUUUGGAAAAAUACAAAGCAAAUUGGCUGCGCAUACGUCAAGAAUUGUGCAGGCGGACUACCAAACAUGCUAUUCUGCGAAUACUCGCCCGCGGGGAAUGUUUUACCGGCAUCCAACUUUAGGACAAAUGUUCUUCCUGCUCGCACAUCACCCAAAAACCCGGCCCAACCUUCUCCAAAUCUUUGA